GUUAAUAGUGUACUGCAGGUAUGGACACCUGGACACCCAACCCAAAAGCCAAACCGUUCAUCCCUCGCCAGCAGCGCAGCCUCUACCUCACCUGGAAAUACAGACUGACCAACAAAAGAUCAUUACGACGAAUCUGCCAGGCCAGUGCUGUCCUCUUUCUACUGAUCACAGUGUUUCUGAAUAUCAAACUUAUUCUUGAUACAAGGAGAGUUGCAAAUGAGGAUGAUGUGGCCCAAGAUUACGAUGAUGCGCUGCCUAACAUGGAAACCCCACGCAGACCAGCCAGCGGGAGGAAGGUUUUGGAUAUUGAAGUGUACUCUAGUCGAUCUAAGGUCUAUGUGGCAGUGGACGGCACCACUGUGCUGGAAGAUGAGAUAAGGGAGCAGGGCAGAGGCAUACAUGUUAUAGUUCUGAAUCAGGCCACUGGUCAUGUGAUGGCCAAAAGAGUAUUUGACACAUAUUCUCCACAUGAGGAUGAUGCCAUGAUCCUCUUCCUCAACAUGGUCACACGUGGCAGAAUCCUUAUCUUCACUAUAAAGGAUGAGGGUACUUUUCAUCUGAAAGAUGCUGCAAAGAAUCUUUUGAAAAGUUUUGGGAGUCAGGUGGCUGUCACCUUGAGUUGGAGAGAUAUGUGGACUCUGGUUGUGAAGAAGGGAGGUCAAGUGUAUGGGGAGAAGCACUCCAAGUCUCCAGCUCUCUCUACGUGGGGUGAUCCUGUGCUGUUGAAAACUGAGGUUCAACUUACUGCUUCUGAAGAGGCAGAGUGUCACUGGCCGGAUACAGAGCUGAACCGUAGGAGAAAACUUUUUUGCAGUAAAGUGGAGGGUUACGGGAGUAUUUGUAGCUGCAAGGAUCCAGCACCUAUAGAGUUCAAUCCAGAUUCACUGCCUAACAACAAUGUCUACAACAUCCCAGUUGCAGUUAUAGCCGGAAAUAGGCCAAACUAUCUGUAUAGAAUGUUGCGCUCUCUGCUUUCCUCUCAUGGCGUAAAUCCACAGAUGAUCACUGUCUUUAUUGAUGGGUACUAUGAGGAACCCAUGGAUGUGGUGGAGCUUUUUGGUCUCAAAGGAGUUCAGCAUACACCUAUCAGUAUUAAGAAUGCUAGAGUAUCACAGCACUACAAAGCCAGCUUGACUGCAACAUUUAAUCUGCAUCCAGAUGCAGAUUUUGCCAUUGUUGUGGAGGAGGACCUGGAUAUUUCCAUAGAUUUCUUCAGCUUUCUCAGUCAGACCAUUCACUUGUUGCGUGAGGAUGACAGUCUGUACUGUAUCUCAGCCUGGAAUGACCAAGGCUACGAGCAUACAGCAGAGGACCCAUCUCUGCUUUACAGAGUAGAAAGUAUGCCUGGCCUCGGCUGGGUGCUUAAAAAAAGCCUUUACAAAGAUGAACUGGAACCCAAAUGGCCAACUCCUGAGAAGCUCUGGGAUUGGGACAUGUGGAUGCGAAUGCCAGAACAGAGGAAAGGGAGAGAAUGUAUUAUCCCCGAUGUCUCUCGCUCGUAUCACUUUGGUAUCAUUGGCCUUAACAUGAAUGGUUACUUCCAUGAAGUUUACUUUAAAAAGCACAAAUUCAACACAAUUCCAAAUGUUCAGAUGAAAAAUGUAGAUGGUUUAAAGACUGAUGCUUAUGAGAUUGAAAUCCAAAACCUACUACGUGAGGCGGAGGUCCUAGACCACAGUAAAAACCCAUGUGAAGAUUCAUUCAUCCCAGAUACUGAAGGAAAGACCUUUGUAAUGUUCAUCAAAAUGGAGCAGGAGACGGACACAAACACCUGGACUGAAUUGGCAAAGUGCCUGCAUGUGUGGGACUUGGAUGUACGAGGUUAUCACAAAGGACUGUGGAGGCUCUUCAGGAAAAAGAACCAUGUCUUAGUAGUGGCUGUUCCAAUCUCUCCCUACUCUGUUAAGAAGCCCAGUAAUAUCACUCCUAUUGUCCUGGAGCCGGCACCUAAAGAGGAAGGACCUCCUGUGGAACAGAUUUAAAGUUCCAAUACUAAUUCCACCCAGGGGCCUUUUCAAACCACUGACACGCAAGGCCUACGUCAGGCCGUCACUGGGCCUUAUGUUACUAUUCAGGCAAUCGCAAGUUUGAAGAGUGUGAAGUGUGGAAUGAACCCCUGUGAACUGUCCUGCUCGGGUAUCUUCUCUGACCUUCAGGCACGAUCUUUUAAACUGGACUGAUGUGAGAUCUUCUGAAAUGGCGUGUAACUGAAUCUCCUCAUGUUGUUGGUUUGUGGUUUGCUGAUCAGGACCUAAUUGUGAGGUCAUGACAUUUCACAUGUUUAUGCUGGAAGGUUUGUCACUAGAAGUUUUUUACUUAAUGGUAUUAUAACAAAGGCCAGUGCCGGUUUUAGUUACUGAAUGUGAUGGUGGAAAUCAGAAUGCUGUGAAGACAAAAGGGAUAAGGGGGAAAUGGCAGGCAAAUUUUUUAUUUUUUUUUAAUAACACUACUGAUGUGCUGUGGGCCGUCCUGCACAUAUGUUUUAACUUAUGUCUAUUUAUUUUGUCAGUAUCGAGGUUUAUUUGACUUAGUGAGCUUUUACUCAAGAACGAUACUUUAAGCAACAAAGGCCUGGAUUUGUUUACAGCUAACUAAAUUUAUCUACAGACAUAUAUUUUUACAGCAAACGUUUGUCAUUGUUUUUUAAAUAUUACAUUUUGGAUGCCGUGGUUUUAAAAUGGUCAUUGGUGACUGAAAAAAGGGUACAAAAUGUGUUACUGGGGCGGUACCCUUUUAAAAAGUACACAUUUGUACCAAAAGGGUGCCUAUUGGAACCUCAACGGUACACACCUAUACCUAAAUGCUACGUAUAAGAUCUUUUUUUAAAGGUACCAUCCCAGCGACGGGUUUGCACCUUUUUCGUAAUAGUGUACGUUUUUAUAAACCCGUAUCUAUUCAAGAAAUCUUUAGAGUUUUUUAAUGUGGUACACUGAUGAGCUGAGAUUGCCCUCCAGCAACAGCUUUGUGUAUCCUUGUUGCCCCAGAGAACUCAAUGUGAUGGAUUUUUCUAGAAUGAGAUGAUCUACACAACCACUAAAGAGCCGUAAGAAUCAACCGAAGAUCAACACUUCAUAAUCGGUUGCUUCAUUAACCUUUCCUUAACAAAAGAUACUUUAUCUGAGGAUGAGUGGGAAAUGUGGAUGCAUUAUGCAAUAAUGGUCAAAUCAUUUUAUGGGUAAGAUUUCAGAUUCAAGCGUUCUGAAGUCUUUGGUUAGUCUGAAGCUUCAGUGGUCCAGUUUUACACACUUGCAAUGCUAUCUCAUGGCAACUCGUACGUAUUUUAUACAAGGUGGCUAAUUCGUAACCAUUUGUACGACCAGAUUCGUACAGUUUGAUUUUGCCCGUGACAUUGGGGUUAGGGGUGGGGUUUGAUUAUUUUUUAUAAUCUUAUGUUUUUGUACGAUUCACUUCAUACGAUUUAGCCAACUCGUAAAAUACGUAGUUGCGUACGAAUUCUCAUGAGAUCAGGCUGAAUAUUUUUACAACAAACAUUGCCGUAAAACAUAUAUUCAUAAUAUCUGGAACAUGUGCAAUACCAGAACAAAAAUAUUUUGAUUUCAAGAUUUCAAAUCUAUCAAGUUCGGUUUAUCAAAGGCUUAUUGCAUUAGUUUUGUACUGUAUAUCUAAGUAGUUGAAAAUGGUUUGUUAUCGUAUACGAAAUAAAAUUGUUUUCUGAAAA